CUGGAGGAAGACGAGCGAAUAACACAUGCGACACCCGCAGGCGCGGUACGGUAGAUGUUCACGACAAUAAGAGCGCGUUUACGGCUGUAUCACGGUGGAGUGUUGUAUCUGAUGUCCUUCCCACAAAAAUUUGCCCAUAAAUACUGGGAGUAUUCACAUCAUCCUACAAGAGAAGGACAAACUCCAGGUGUAGCAGCAGAAAUCUGUGUGACUGUUAAAGAUGGAGUUUAUUAAAGAGGAGAUUGAAGACAUGAGUGAUCCAGAACCAUCCAGAAUAAAACAUGAAGAAACUGAGGAACAAAUAGACCAGAUGGAGGUGAUGGAGCAAAAACACAAACUGAAAGUUAAAGAGGAGAAACAUGACUUCAAAACUCAAGGAACAAAAGCCAAAAAGCUGCACACCUGCUCACAGUGUGGAAAGAGAUUCCAAAAUGAACGAAACCUUAACAGACACAUAAGAAUUCACACUGGAGAGAAACCGUAUACAUGCACUCAGUGUGGAAAGAGUUAUGCUGGUGAAUCAGGUCUCAGAUAUCAUCUGCUCCUUCACUCUGGAGAAAAGCCAUUUAACUGUGAUCAGUGUGGUAAAGAUUUUAUUUCAUCAUCAAAUUUAAAAGCACACCUGAAAGUUCAUUCAGAUGAGAGGCCUUAUGUGUGUUCUUUCUGUGGAAAGGGUUAUUCCAGGCUGGAUCAUUUUAAACUUCACCAGAAAGCACACAAUAAAGUGAAAGAUCAUGUGUGUUUGGACUGUGGGAAGAGCUUUACUACAGCUGACAAUCUGAAACAGCACCAAAGAAUUCAUACUGGAGAAAGACCUUACAAGUGCUCAUAUUGUGACAAGAGUUUCACUCUGUCUGGAAACCUGAAAUCACAUGAGCGAGUUCAUACUGGAGAGAAGCCGUACUACUGUACUCAGUGCGGGAAGAGUUUUAGACAUUUAUCAGGCCUUCACACUCAUAUGAAAAAAUGUUACAAGUGAUCAACAUUCGUUUUCAUGUCAAAUACAUUCAAGUAAAUUCUGUGAGAUAAAAUGAGUUUGUCCAAAAAGCACAAUAUCAUCUAGAUUAAAGGUAAGGUAGGCAAAAUGUUUUAUAAACACUUUUUGUUAUACCGUUUGAUAGAGUUGUCAAAAGUACCCACUUCGGUACCGAAAUUUAAAAAAUGUGUCGCUUUGUGCGCUGUUGAGUGGAUUCGUAAACACCUCUGAUUGGCCAUUUUGUUGACACGCUCAUCGGAUAUGUCUGUGAUUGGCUACAAUGAUCAAUGCACGGGAGCGAUUGAAAGCACACGGAAGUGUUUGAAUUUGAAAGCGGAAGCGUUUGAAAACUGGUCCGCAAUAGACACCUGCUUUCAAACGCUCCCGUGUGUAUCUGUAAGCGCUCUGUGAAGAGCAUCAAUGAUGACUAUUUACAGCGUUUUUGAAACAUUGAUCAUUGAAGCCAAUCACAGACAUAUCAAAUGAGCGCGUUAACACAAUGGCCAAUCAGAUGUUUACGAAUCCACUCAACAGAGCUCAAAGCAUCACAUUUUUAAAAUUUCAGUACCAACUUGGUACCGAAGUCGGUACUUUUGACAGUUCUACUGUUUGAAACUCUCUUCACAUCCUGAUACCAAUCAAUAAUAGAAGUGGUCUAGAUGUUAAAACAUAUAUAUAUAUAUAUCUUCUGUGGAAGACCAAAAAAUGUUCAUCCAAUCGGUCCGAAUGCAAUGAUACGAUGUCCUAUCUGCCGGUCAACAUAUGUAUUUCCAUACCUUCGUGCACCUGCUCGUGCAGACGUCAUCAGCGUGUUCCUCAGGCUGUGCAGAGAUGUAGACGGACAGUCACUGAGCUCCGCAAACAAACAGCAGCCACCUUUUACAGUUCCUCCUGAACCAAAAGAAGAUUAUUCUGUGUUCACACCAUGUCAUAGCCGUAAUUAUGAGAUGGCAACCCGUGACUUUCUAUCCGAACGUUGUGCGUGUUUAUGUGUUUUGAAGGAGACAUGUCUUUGGGAAGGGAGGGUGAGAUCUCAUGCUUUCAAAGCUAGCUUGCUAUUGCUAGCCUCUCAGAAAUUGCUUACUAUACCUUUAAAGGUGCAAUAUGUCGAAUUUUCUGUCCGCUAGAGGCCUAUUCAAAACAAAAGCGUAGCUUGAUGAUGCCAAGUUUGAGCGUGGAAUCUUGGGACAUGUGGUCUUUACCUCACAGCCGGUGGAAAUAAAUCGGGAUAGGACUCGGAAAGAAAUCAUGUUCAUGGAUAAAGCAGAGCAGGACCGAUUGUUGUGGGAGCUGAAUGAGGCCGCUGGAGCGAUUGCGCAACACACGCCGCGAGGAGAGGAACUUUUAUUAUGCAGCAGUCGCCGGCGCCGCUUCCGCUUUUCCGGUCAUGAGUAUGAGGUAUGAUGUUCUCACACCAAAUUUUUUCUACUUUUUGUUUCCUAGUAAGUGUUUUUUUUUUGUUGUUUUUUUUUUUUUUCCUGUUGGACCUCUUUUUGGAUUUUUCAGUGGACUUUUUUCAGAUCUUUCUGCAACUCCAUUAUUUAAUUCUUCAGCCCAGGUAACUCAGCUGCAAAUCAACUGAACUUGAUCAUUUCUGUUGAACAGAUUUGUCUCUAUGGACAUUUAAUAAACUAUUAAAUCAA